CUAUCUUCACAUCUUCACCACACAUUAACGAACUUCCAUAACUCCACGCACGCCCUUAACCUGAAACUUGAGACCCUUCCCUCACUCACUCACUCACUCACUCACUCAUUCAUUCAUUCAUUCAUUCCCUGUUUCCUCUGUAACAUCCUCGUCCUGUUUCCGAAACCUAGAACCAUGUUUCUCAGAGCUGCUUCCUCUUUCUCUCUCCUCAACGUCAAUGGCGAUCACUUGCUCCCGCUGUUCAACUCUUCUUCGUUGCCCUCUGUUGUUGGCUACUCUCACGGAAAAAGUGGGAACAGCUUGGUUACCUGUGCCACCAAGGACUCCAAUAACCGUCCCUUAACCGGCGUCGUUUUUGAACCCUUUGAAGAAGUGAAGAAGGAGCUCGACCUUGUUCCCACCAUCCCACAAGCUUCCAUUGCUCGCCAGAAGUACACUGAUGAGUGUGAAGCUGCUAUUAACGAACAGAUCAAUGUGGAGUACAAUGUUUCGUACGUUUAUCAUGCGAUGUUUGCCUACUUUGAUAGGGACAAUGUUGCGCUGAAGGGUCUUGCUAAGUUUUUCAAGGAGUCAAGCGAGGAGGAAAGGGAGCAUGCUGAGAAAUUGAUGGAAUAUCAGAACAUACGGGGUGGAAAAGUGAAGUUGCAAGCUAUAGUGAUGCCAGUCUCUGAGUUUGAUCAUGUGGAAAAGGGCGAUGCACUAUAUGCAAUGGAACUUGCCCUUUCAUUGGAGAAGCUAACAAAUGAAAAACUGCUUAACUUGCACAGUGUUGCCUCAAAGAAUGAUGAUGUGCAGUUGGCAGAUUUUAUUGAAAGCGAGUUUUUGGGUGAACAGGUGGAAGCCAUUAAAAGAAUUUCCGAGUAUGUUGCUCAGCUCAGAAGAGUUGGCAAAGGACAUGGUGUGUGGCACUUCGAUCAGAUGCUGCUCCAUGAGGAGGGAGUUGGUGCUUGAUUACAUUUUUUGUUCUUAUCUUCUCUUGUUAGUGCAUCUAGUUCUUAGGAUUAUUAUUUUCAGGUUUUGUUUGCUAGAGAUGUAAUUGAACUUCAUAUGUGGAGUAACAUUUGUCAUCAAUAUUUACUGGCUGAUCAAUGCUAUUAUUUGUAAAUCUUCUAAGUCAAACUUUAAAACUGAAUUGACGGCAAGUCAAUGCUAUUAUUUGACAUAUUGAAACUAAUUAUGUGUACAAUUAUUUGUUGUAAUUAUAGAUUAAUGGUUUUAUAUGUUGUGUACU